GCGGGUAUCGAUAGUCUGCUGGCACCCUAGGCUGUCACGCAGACGCAUAACGCAUCAGUAUCUCUCAGCUAUUGCCUCUGUGACUGAAGAGAGUCCCGCCAGCUCCACUGUCAGUUCCAGCGAUCUGGCAGCCGAUGCUCCGUCGGCCAGCCCGAGCAUGAUCACUUCCCCUGCCACCUUGAACGGCCGUCAGCGCCGGCGCCGCAGCUUGCGCGCCUCUGAGCGCAGACGCAGAUCAACCAUGGACAGCGAUGUUUUGGCGAAGAAUGUGCUAACAGCUGACGAGUCACCGCCAGCCUCGCCGCUGCCAGCAUCACCACUCGGUGCGUCCCCGCUGCCAGGGUCGCCACGGCAGAUGCUGCGGGCAAGUGUAGCUGUGGCGCCGUCGCCACUUGGAGCACCAUCCAGCGGACCUUUGGGUAGCCCGGUGAGACGCAUCCGCAAGCUGCGGAAGGACCGCCGGGUCACGAUCCCGUCAUCUCCAGAGGAGGCAAAGGAAGAGUCCUAUUCCCUGGAGGACAUUGACGCUUCGAUCGCAGCAAUGGCUGCGGCACUUGGCGAGGAUGUGCCCCAGUUCUUCAACAAAAAGUCUGCGAAGAAGGAGUCACCAGUCGAGGAGAAACCCAUGGAGGAGAUUGAUGACGGCGUGAACCCUGUGCCGCUGCCCGAAUCCAGCAUUGCGCAGGCGAUUACUCCAGCACUAGGGCUAGCGGAAGCAGUGCAGCUGGGGGUGGAGAAGGUCAAGCAGAUCCAAGGAUCGGUGCUGAACGACAUUGACGAGGACCGUGAAGACGAUGAGGACAGUGAGAAGGCACUGGACGAGCUCGACAAAAACUGGGACGCAGUAACGCCUCCGCGCAAGGGUGUAAAGCGACCGGCGCCCAGGGACCGCGGCAGCCGCAGCUCGACAUCGGAGGCCGUCGAUCCAUCGGCGAAACGUCCUCGCAGGGACCCGCGUAAGCGUCUGUCGGCAUCCGAGGUUCUUUUGCGCGAGCAGGCCGAGCUGCAGGCCCGAAUCAGUGCAACCAAUAUGGACAACACGAGCGACUUGGCGGCCGACACUGGCGCAGCCCCCACAGCGACACCGGAGAAGCCAGACGCAACGCCGAAGAAGAGCAACGCAGCGUUUUCGCGCCUCGACUUUGACACACCGGUGCAUGAGCGCAGGCGGUUCCGGUCCCUCGGUCUGAAUUUUGGUGCGAAGCCAACCGAAGCGCCGGCACCCGAUCCUGAGGCGGAGGUGUUGGACAUUUCCAACACCAGCAUCGAAGAGAUCAUUAGCCGCCGGGACCGCAUUCAUAGGCUGCAGGACCGUCGGCGCCGUCGCCAGACGGCUGCCUCGCUGCGGCGCCGGCGGUCGUCGUGGCAAGGCUGGGUGCCGGCGAGCCCGACCCCACCUGCGCAGGCAGCCACCAAUGUCGGCGGCUAUGCCUUGCGCAAGCGGCAGGUGCCACCUGUCCGCCCAAAGAAAGCGGCGCCCUAGAGUGUCCGCAGGCCAGGCUGCCCCCUCGCGAUUUGCGAGUGUGCGGCGCCGGCUGUAAUUAAUAUUCCAAUGUCAAUAUAGUUUUUCUCUUUCUCCAUCCUAUCUCCUGGAAGUAACCAGAGAGUCUAGU